CUCGCACCUUCCCUUCCAUUACAAGAAGAUUUCGUUUACCACUGGAAAGCAAUCACCCAUUACUACAUAGAGACGUCAGAUGACAAAGCUCCUGUGACUGAUACCAACAUUCCUUCUCACCUGGAACAGAUGUUGGAUAUUCUAGUUCAAGAGGAAAAUGAGAGGGAAUCAGGCGAAACAGGACCGUGUAUGGAGUAUUUGCUACAUCACAAGAUUUUGGAGACGCUCUACACACUAGGAAAAGCUGAUUGUCCUCCAGGAAUGAAACAGCAAGUUUUGGCUUUUUAUACAAAACUUCUCGGAAGAAUACGGCAACCUCUUCUUCCCCACAUAAAUGUGCAUAGGCCAGUGCAGAAAUUAAUCAGGCUAUGUGGGGAAGUUCUGGCAACACCAACAGAAAAUGAAGAAAUUCAGUUUCUUUGUAUAGUAUGUGCAAAGCUGAAACAGGAUCCAUACCUGGUCAACUUCUUCCUUGAGAGUAAGUUAAAAGCAAUGGCUUCCAAAGGAUCAGCAAGUGUAAUCACAGAAGACAUGCUAAAAGGCCAAGACUCUUUGUCAACAGACACGGGACAGCCCGUUCAGCCUGAAGAAAUAUCUGGUGCUGCUGGAGCAGAACAAAUGGAGAAGGAAGAUGACCUCCCACAACAGGCGGAUGAUCUCUCUUUCAGUUUGGAUGAACUAAAUGUCACAUCAUCACCCGAGUCCUCUGCUGUUUGUCCAAAUCAAGACUAUAAUUUAGUGAAUUCUCUACUAAACCUCACUAAAAGUCCUGACGGCCGGAUAGCAGUGAAGGCCUGUGAAGGCCUCAUGCUUUUGGUGAGUUUGCCAGAACCAGCAGCUGCCAAGUGCCUGACUCAAAGUACUUGUUUAUGUGAAUUGUUGACAGACAGGCUGGCCACCCUCUACAAAGCCCUGCCUCAGUCACUGGAUCCCUUAGACAUUGAAACAGUGGAGGCAAUUAACUGGGGUUUGGAUUCUUAUAGCCACAAAGAAGAUGCAUCUGCUUUUCCAGGGAAAAGAGCAUUGAUUUCUUUUCUUUCAUGGUUUGACUACUGUGAUCAACUCAUCAAAGAAGCACAAAAGACUGCUGCUGUUGCUAUGGCAAAAGCUGUGCGGGAACGAUUUUUCAUUGAUGUUAUGGAACCCCAGCUGAUGCAAACUUCAGAGAUUGGAAUCCUCACAUCAACUGCACUAUUGCAUCGCAUGGUGCGACAAGUGACUUCAGAUGUCCUGCUGCAGGAAAUAGUUUAUUUUAUACUUGGAGAACACAGAGAGCCAGAAACUUUGACAGACAUCAAUAGACAUCCAUUGCGACACAGGUUAAUCGAACACUGUGAUCAUAUUUCUGACGAGAUCAGCAUAAUGACUUUACGAAUGUUUGAGCAUCUUUUGCAAAAACCCAAUGAGCACAUUCUUUAUAAUUUAGUUCUGAGAAAUUUAGAAGAAAGAAACUAUAUGGAAUACAAGCCUCUCUGUCAAGAAGAUAAAGAUGUGGUAGAGAAUGGACAGAUCGCAGGAGCAGUAGACCUAGAGGAAGAUCCGUUAUUUACCGAUCUGUCUCCAGAUAACACAUUGUCAACUCAAGAGUGGCUCAGUGCUUCUCCACCUGUCAGUCCAGAACAUCCAAAAAAUGAUGGGAAGACUGAAGUUCAUAAAAUUGUAAAUAGUUUUCUCUGUCUUGUACCUGAUGAAGCUAAGUCGUCAUACCAUGUGGAGGGUACAGGUUAUGAUACUUACCUCAGAGAUGCACACAGACAAUUCCGCGAUUAUUGUGUCAUCUGCUUACGGUGGGAGUGGCCUGGAUCUCCCAGAUCUUUGGAAAAGUGCAAUUUAGAAGCAUCGUUUUUUGAAGGACACUUCUUGAAAGUCCUGUUUGAAAGAAUGGGCAGGAUUCUUGAUCAGCCCUAUGAUGUAAAUUUACAAGUUACGUCAGUGUUGUCCAAACUGUCCUUGUUUCCCCACCCUCAUAUACAUGAAUACCUUUUGGAUCCUUAUGUAAACCUAGCUUCUGGCUGCAGGUCUCUCUUCUCUGUUAUUGUCAGGGUCGUUGGAGACCUCAUGGUUAGAAUCCAGCGCAUCCCAGAUUUCACUCCCAAACUUCUGCUGGUCAGAAAACGCCUGCUGGGCUUGGAGCCGGAAGGGCCCAUCAUUGACCACAUGACGUUACUAGAGGGCGUGAUUGUGCUGGAAGAAUUCUGCAAAGAGCUGGCAGCAAUUGCAUUUGUGAAGUAUCAUGCCUCAUCUACACCAUAA